CGCUUGCACGACAUUUGUCCAAUCAAAGGAGCAGUCUAAAACCGGCGAUGGCCGUCAACCCCGGGCCUCGGGGCAUGGCACGUCCUACGUCGUCACCGACACCGCUGCGACUUUUACACAGCGCUGCGAAUCGGUCUCGGCAAGCGUCCGGGCCGCCGUCCUCGACGCUGCUUAAGAAGAAAAUCAAGCAGCCGAGCGUUGCAGAGCGCGACCGUGUACUCAAGGCACUCGUCGCCAACAAUUCGCUCGAGCUGUACCAGCUUGGCGCUGUCAUUGGCAACGGCCAGUUCGGCCAAGUGCGCACGGGCGUGCACCGCUUGAGCCAGCGCCGCGUCGCGCUCAAAGUCUACUCCAAGUCUAAAGCGAUCGUGUCGGACCAGAUAUCCUCGAUCCAGAAAGAGAUUGACAUUAUGAAGGAAAUCGACCACCCAAACAUUGUGCGCCUCUACGAGAUCCUUGAGACGAAGGACCACAUUACGAUCGUCAUGGAGCACUGCGACGGGGAGGACCUCGGCAAGUACAUGGCCCGCAAGACCAAGCUCGACGAAGACGUGGCGCGCGUCAUCUUUCAGCAAAUCACCGACGCGAUGGGCUAUCUCCACCGAAAGCACAUUAUCCACCGCGACAUCAAGCCACAAAACAUUCUCAUUCAAGAGAGCGCGGGGCGCCCUCCGCUGGUCAAGCUCGUGGACUUCGGGCUCGGGGCGCGGGACACGGCCAAGGUGCAGCCGAAGCUCACGGCCUUUUGCGGCACGCCAGCCUUUAUGGCACCGGAAAUUAUUGCCCACGAGCUCUACGAGGGCAAGUACGUAGUAUGUUUGUGCCGUGACGGCACCAUGUCACAUGGCGUAGACCCGUGGACGCGUGGAGUCUUGGCAUCCUGCUGUAUCUUUUGGUCACGGGCACCAUCCCCUUUGAUGCGCCGUCACCCGCGCAGCUGUAUCCUAAAAUCUGCCGGGGUGUUUUCGAAAUGCCAGCCCACCUCUCCCCGCCGUUGGUCGACCUCCUUCGUGGUGUGCUCACAGUCAAUGUCAACCAGCGCUUGUGCGUCGAGCAAAUGCGCCACCACCAGUGGCUAUGCGUGGAAGAGGUAGUCGCAAAGCGGACACCCGUCACGAUCGACUCGAUGACGUCGCUCUUUGUGGCCGAGGCCAGCACCCACCGCGCGAUCCUCGCCGAGAUGACAAUAUACGGACUGCAGAAGGAGGCCAUUCUGGACGAUUUGGCGUCCAAGACGUAUAAUGGCGUCACGGCAUGGUACCGGCUGCUGCACUUGCAGGCGCUGCAGACGAAGCGGAAGCAGUCGGCGCUGCUUGCGCCAAGCAAGACGACACAAGCGUUCAAAAGGCUAGACGCGAUGUCCAACAAUACGGUCAUAUCGUCCAUGGACUUUGCGCGGUUCCUCCAAGAAAAAAUGUCGAUCGCCAAAGACACAGCAGCGCCGUUUGCGAUCAAACCGACCAGCUCGACGACCGACUUGUAGUUGUAGUCCUAACAAAAACACUAGCAUUCGUUCCCUAAUCACGAACUGAUGUGUACACUCCCUGUA